ACCAUUCACGACAACUCGAUCAUCGGUAUAUUGUACAUCUGACGCGUGCCCUGUGUGGUUCGACCACUGCAUGUCCACCAGCCAAUCUAAAUCGAUGGAGGAAGCUUCAUGUUGACCAUUCGACCGUACCAGAUUACUCAGCUGACAAGCUUCAACACGAUGAGAUCGUCUUCUGCCGGCACACUGUCCUCGGCACAGUAUGCUUGUGAGAUUUGUAGAGAGCGCAAAGUUCGAUGCGACAGAGCCCUUCCAAAAUGCAGACGGUGCGAUCGUCUCAAUCAACCGUGUGGUUACAAUCACGCCCAUCAACAUCGCACACGCGACGAUCAGCUGAAGCAACUUCAGGAGCGGCUGGCCAGGACGGAGGCCCAGCUUGCCCUUACCACGCCGAGACCGCCACCGCUGGUCCGCCCACAGUCGCGGUCAGAAGUCACGGAGCUGGCCACUUCGUCAAAGUGGUUCGGAACGCCGGAUUUCUUUACGCCAAACAUACCAGCAACCACCACGCCCCAUUCCCAGCUAGCCUCUGUCUUGGGAAAUACGGCCACAAACACUCCGAUGGACCUGGACAAUACCAGGCGGAUGAGUUCAGCCAUUGAUAUGCCGACGAAUGGCUCAUCGCUCCUGGAUACUGAUCUAUUUACUUCUUUUACCGAGGGGGCGGACUCCAACAUGACGUUUGCCUGGACAAAUCAGCCGCUGAUGGCGCUCGAACCAUUGGACAAUAUGCUUCUCAAUCGACCUCAGUCAGUGCCUCGGAGCGGGACAGAAGAAGACCUAUCUCCAGCAGAUCUGAGUUUGCUGCACAACCACUACUUCGAAUCCGUCUACUUUUCCUUCCCGUUUCUAAACAGGGAUAGGUUCAUGGCAGAUUCAACGAGCGGUGGCAGCCCUGCAGUGAGCGCCCUGAUUUAUGCUGUUGCCCUUGCUGGUUGCGCUCACUCCCCUAAAGAUUCCAAUCGACAGUCGACGUGCUACAACUUAGCGCGUAACUACGCUGAGAGGUGUGAACGAGAAAAUUAUCUGAACCACCUGAACUUCCUGCAGGCUUUGUUAUUCAUAGGCCGCUUUGAGGCUAUGAGCCGGAAGCUGGAGCGAAGCUGGCUAACGCUGGGACGUGCCGCCAUGCUUUGCAAGCUUCUGAGUUUGCACCGGAUGGAUGAAGCCGGAUAUGGUCAAGGAAUGCAGAACGGAGAAACCCAGGGUGGCUCUCCAUUAAGUUUGCCGCAUACAGAGGAUCCGGUGCUGUUGGAGGAACGACGACGGACAUUCUGGGGCUUAUACAUAUUGCAAAGCUACGUGAAAACGCGUACCGGCUGGCAAUGUCAGUUAGGAGACAUCAAGAACUUCCGAAUCAACUUGCCAUCGCCAGGGCUGUUGAGGUCCGAUCUACAACCGCUCAAGAUGCCAUCUCUGCUAGAUGUGAGUACCGAACCCGGUCCCGAGAUCACGUCCUACGCAGGCUGCGUUUUGAUGGUUGAGCUGGCCUUGCGCUGCUUCGACCACGGACAACAACGCGACACGCCAGGUUUCUGGGACGACUACUGCGCCCUAGUCAAGAAGACCGACAACCUCUUCAUCAUUCUUAAGCGUCAUCUCAACGCCACGUCUAUCCGUGAAGAUCCAGUAGCCUUCAGCCUCUACCUGAACCUGCGCGCUACCGAGAUCUUCUCACACGAUUCGGCUAUCACGAAGAGCGAAGAGCAAGGACUACCGCCAUUGAUGAUAGUCGAAAGCCAACGCCGCGCUACCGCUGCUGCGUUCCAGAUAUCUAGCGCUGUAGGCCUCAAUUUGCCGUCGCCGUGGAAGGCGGACAGCGACAUCAUCAUGCUUCAGGCUACCUUCAUUGCCUGGCCUUUGACCAUGGCGCUGAAAGCAUUGUAUCGCGAACUCGUACAUGGAGGAGUCCGCGAGACUGUGAAUGGUGUCGUGGCCUCGUCGAGAUUACUUUUCGCGGCUCUAGACCAUAUUGAGGAAUCGGACGGACACUGGCACCAAUGCGUGACUCAUGUUGGAGCUAAGUUGCAGGAAUGGGAUGAGAAGAAUAGCUUUGACUCUUUGGCUCUAUGACAUCCCUUUUCUUUUCUCUUUUUUCAUCGAGGGAGGCACUUGCAUCUUCUUGGACAUUGUGCUACAAUCGUGUUUGGCCGAAUGUAGCAAGCUUAUAGGAUGAGACUUUCCCUGGCUCAAGAUGACUUUAUACACUUAAUCCUAUCAAAUAAACAUACGAAUAAACAAGCAGGC